GGCCACCAGAGGCCACGAGCACCCUUGAGAGCAGAAGGAAGCCGUCGGACGCUGGGCAAAGGGUUUGAACAGCUCAGCCUUUUCUGCGUGGAGUCUGCAUGUUCUCUGCGCUCCGGCUUCAUCCCACAGACCACAAACACACAUUUUCAUUCUCCCAUUUCGCCCAUGAGCGCUGUAAAUGUUUUGAGCGGUGACAUUUGCCGUACCUCAGGCAGCUGUUCAGCCGCGUUUGCGGAGGUCGAGAGGCCGGGCGGCUAAACAAACAGCACGUGGGCAAGCCCUUGACUUGCCAUGCAGGAAACUUUUGUGCACCAGCAUUGCAGCAUAUUUGGAUGGCUGCAAGUGACACUCCAGCAAGACGCAGCAGCUGCAAAAAGAGGGACGAGCUGCGAGGAUUUAUCGCCCGUUCGGCAUUUUUAUAAGCUACUAAAGGACACUUGUUCCGAGCAAGCGCAGGCCCCGGCGUCCUUCUCUCCCCUUUUCCAAACUUUGCCGGGCUCUCGCCUGCCGCAGAGAGAGGCUCGCUUCCCCCGGAGAGCGGAUAUGCGGACGCGCUGCAAUGUGGUGAGCCAGAUGUCCGCCACAGCGAACGGCGGAGAGCCCUCGGAGUCAGACCUCACUGGGCUCGGUGUAUUUCCUGGGCAAACCUCAACUUUCAAGCUGUGUGCCGCCACGUGGUCGAAUCCCUUGUGUCUGGCGCCUGUCCGCUCUCCUCUUCCAGAACCCCGAAGACUGCGGCUUGCCUUCCGAGUCGGGCGAACAGGACUCGUCCCGUCAGAAGCUCCUCGAGCAUGUCGACGUGUGUCGAGUUAUCUAAAUCGGCCGAGCGAAGCAGCGCGACGGGCACGCGUGCGGCACGAGUACCAAGACGAGCGCACGGUGACGGUGAGCUAACUAUACAACCUACUGCCUUCCCUGGAGGGCAGCAAAUCGUCCAAGGAGUCACACGUCACCCUGCUCCAAACGCGUCAAAAGGCCGCUGGUUGAUGUUGGAGGGCGCACCCGUGGUGAGUUUUACUCCAUAUUAUCGGUGUUUGCACUCGUAUUUGCGUCAAAUGUAUCAGAGUUGCAUUGCUUUAAUUCAAAGACAAAUAAAAUUGGAAACAAAAUAUG